GGACACCUGGUAUUAAAAUUAUCAUGCCUGCACUGUCUCCUACAAUGGAAGAAGGAAACAUUGUGAAAUGGUUAAAAAAGGAAGGUGAAACGGUGAAUGCUGGAGAUGCAUUGUGUGAAAUUGAGACCGACAAAGCGGUGAUUACCAUGGAGUCAAGUGACGAUGGCGUGUUGGCCAAGAUACUGGUGGAAGAAGGAAGCAAAAAUGUACGCUUGGGCGCAUUAAUUGGUCUGCUGGUGGAGGAGGGACAGGACUGGAAGCAAGUUGAAAUACCGGCUGAUGGCAGUGAUCCAUCUUCUGCAGCUCCACCAGCACCUGCACCUACCUCGGCUCCUGAAGGUCUUUCAGUUUCAACCCCUCCUCAAGUGCAACAUCAACCUGGAAAACUGCAGGUUCGAUUAAGUCCUGCCGCUCGCAAUAUUCUGGAGACGCACGGCCUAGACCCAAGCAAUAUUACGCCUUCUGGGCCUCGAGGAAUCUUCACUAAAGAGGAUGCUCUUAAACUUCUGCAAGAGAAGCAGAAGGGCAAACCCAGCGAACUGAAACCUGUGGUUUCUCCAGCUCCUCCCCAGCCCGCUGCAGUGCCUUCUGCUUCGCAACCUGUGACUUCUGCUUAUCCACGGCCGGCAGUUCCACCAGUUUCCAUACCAGGACAACCCGCUGCACUGGGCACGUUCACAGAAAUCCCAGCUAGCAACAUCCGAAGAGUUAUUGCUAAGAGAUUAACGGAGUCUAAAGCUACUAUACCUCAUGCGUAUGCUGCUGCGGACUGUGACAUUGAUGCUGUUUUGAAAUUAAGGAAAGAGUUGGCCAAAGAUGACAUUAAAGUAUCUGUAAAUGAUUUUAUUAUCAAGGCAACUGCAGUUACUCUGAAGCAACUGCCAGAUGUGAACGCAACCUGGGACGGGGAAGUCUGCAGGCAGCUGCAGUCCAUUGACAUUUCUAUUGCUGUGGCAACAGACCGAGGUCUCAUUACACCCAUCAUAAAAGAUGUUGCUGCCAAGGGAAUAAAGGAAAUUGCUGCCUCUGCAAAGGCUCUAGCGAAGAAAGCAAGAGAUGGAAAACUGUUACCAGAAGAGUACCAGGGAGGAUCUUUUAGCAUCUCCAAUCUGGGCAUGUUUGGCAUCACUGACUUCACUGCAGUCAUAAACCCUCCCCAGGCCUGCAUCCUCGCUGUGGGCCGAGCAAGACCAGAGCUCAAGAUUGUGGAAGAUGAAGAAGGGAAUGAGAAACUUAAGCAGCAUCAGCUCAUGACGGUGACUCUUUCAAGUGAUGGUCGGGUGGUAGAUGAUGAACUGGCCUCAAAGUUUCUAGAGACCUUGAAAGCCAACAUAGAGAAUCCAAUGCGACUUGCCUUGUGUUAAACUCUGUUUUCUUGUUUUUACAGCUUAGAUAACUGUUACGUUGUUUGGGUUGUUUUUCUGUAUAGAGGAGUAAGUAGUUACUGUGAAAUGGACAAUUAAAAUAUUUAAUUUAUUGAAUUAACAUGAUAAACUGUUGGUUUAGUCUUUUGCAAUGA